GGCGGCCUGGAGCGGCGUGAGGGCGCGGGCGCGAGUGCGUGAGGGAGCCUCCGGCGGGUCUGGGCUGAGGCGGCCGAGAAGGGACGGAGGCGGCGGCCAUCGCGGCGCGAGCGGCCCUGUGCGGCCCCCGGAAGUUCUUUCGGACUUCACUGCAGCAGACCAGGCUUAUUGGUAUGGAGAUCUGUUAAGAUUUUGCUAAUGGAUCCAGCGCCGCCUUUUCCUAAAGAGAGUGCUCCAAGCCCUGCUGGCUUUCAACACAGUCACCUGAGUGGGUUGGAUCCCUGCUUGAGUCCAGGACCGGUGAUCCUGCUGGAGACCAGAGUCGAUUCCAUAAUGAUGAAUGGUUCGAAUGUGGCGAACACCACCACGACUUCCACCACACCUGCAAAAUCCAAGGAGGACCAGGUAGUGAAUGGACAUGAUGAAAAGGAGAACAACCCCUUUGCGGAAUACAUGUGGAUGGAGAACGAGGAGGACUUCAACCGGCAGGUGGAGGAAGAGCUCCAGGAGCAGGAAUUCCUUGACCGCUGUUUCCAGGAGAUGCUGGACGAAGAGGACCAGGACUGGUUCAUCCCCUCCCGUGACCUGCCCCAGGGCAUCGGGCAGCUCCAGCAGCAGCUAAAUGGGCUCUCGGUCAGUGACAGCCACGUAUCGGAAGACAUUUUGAGCAAAAGCACCUUAAACCCCGACGCCAAGGAGUUCAUCCCCGGAGUGAAGUACUGAACCUUCCGACAAACUUCACAAAGACAUUUUUUCCCCUUGAUGGGUGGGGUGGGGUGGGGAACAGCAGGCCCUGCAAGUAGUGGUGGGAGAGAGACUCCUCAUGGGAAAAUCUGCGGGGCUCUUCAGCUACUUAAUCCCUCUUUUCUUGCUGCAUCGCGGACAUUUUGAAACAAACUGACAAAAAAGCUAGGCCCACAGCAGGGCGUGGCAGUCUGGGGCCGGGUCCUGUGGGGGCACCUUCAAGGGUUUGGGGUUUUUUCUUCUUCCGUUAAAACAGCAACGAGUGUGACUUGGCUGCAAGCAGGAUCCUUGCCCCCUUGUCCCGCCAGCCCCCUCCACCGGAUAUGCUUUGGACGUUGCCCAGGACAAGGAGCCCGGGAUGCCUCUCUUCUUGGCGGAAGUCCUCAAAGCUUAGCAGGCCAGACCGGCCUCAGCAGGCUUCUGUGCGCUUCGGCUUCCGGCUUUGGAGCAGCCCCUUUUCUUGCGCAGGCUGAGUGCCCUGGGGGAAGUGGCUGCUGCGUGGGACGUGGGCUGGAAACAGGCCUGUGCCCACUGCCAAACUUGUUCGGGGAGUUUGGGUGGAGAGUGUGAGGGAUUGGGGGGAUUUGCUUGAAUCUUGUCCCUGCUCCCCAUUUCUUCUUGCUGGCUGUGGAGAACACUGCCCCUAACCCCAGGGAGGCAGGCGGAUUCCAGGAGGUUCUAGAGAUGCUGACCCCAAGGGGGAGAGAGGGUACAUCCUUGUGGAAAGUUUUCUGUUCUUCCCUUCUCCAUCUCCGCUUCCUUUCCCCCCUCUUCCCACACAACAGAAUACCCUUAAUCGGGAACAACAGGGUAACUUCCUUUACCUGGCAGCUGCUUCGUCAAUACGAGCUGAAGCCACAGACCCUCCAUUGGUCUGCCUGCUGCCGUAGCUGCCCUUCUGCCAGCAUCCCACCCUUCCCUGCCCCUGCAGGUUGGAAAGCUGCCAUCUGCACAGACACAGAGAGAGCUGCUUGGGCAAGCGUGGAAUUACCCGCAGGUCACCCCGAGUUCGGCUGCCCCAGAGAGCUUGCCUGGAGUUCUGUGGGGCAGCUCUUCCAGCAGCAGGCUUUGGAGUCACGGCCCUCCACUUCCCCCUCCCUAGCUUGCCACAGCGCCCUCCUCUGCUGAAAUGAAUUCCCGGGCAGGUCUGGCUCUUCCCUUUCUGCUUGAUCUGGAAGCAGAAGCAUCCCUUGCCGCAUCCCCCCCCUAACCCCGUGUCCUUAACCCACCCCUCAUGCCCACCCUGCUCCUUCUCCCGGCAUCUUCUAGUGGAGGGUGAGGGGAGGGAGGGAUAUAUGGGUGGGGGGGGGGCAGGAGUGCCUCUCCGAAGAGGUUUAGGGAGGGGAGCAGUUCCCCAUCAGCACAGCCAACUCAGCCAGAUCAACCGACUGGCCGCUUUGCCUGAAACUGCCCUACUUUUUUGGGGGAGGGGGCUGCUUUCUUUUGGGGGGGAUGACAGCAACCCCAUUUUCCAUCCCUGUGACUGCCAGGGGCCAGCCAGGGCUCCUCGCCCUCAGAACCAAUCUCUGCUGCAGGGAACUGGAAGAGGGGGCGGCUCCGUUUAGAACGGCCCUGCCCUUAAAAGAAGGGAGGCGAGCUCAGGCUUGCUUGUUCUCCUGCACCUAAAACCCGAUUCCUCCUCAAUGCAGACUGUUACUUUCUCCCCUUGUGUGUGUGUGUUAUCAUUUCUCCCCAUGUUUGUGUACUGAGCGUCAAUUGGAACAGGUUUGGUUGAAGAGAGCGAGCCCGCUGUCUGGGCUGCUUGGAUGAAGUGCGGCUCCCCAACUUGCCGUUAAGAGGAUCAGACUUGGUGGUCACGGAGUCCCUUCCGGGGUCGCCCCCCCCCCUUUUCAGUGGCUUCCUACUGCAGGGUCAAUGGCAAAAGGUCAGCCCCUUUACUGAAUCCCUUUGUGGCUGUUUGGUUUCUCCAAGCCAGACCUCUUCCAGGCCUUCACUGCUACAAUUCAGAAUUGCAGGUUUUCCUCUCUACUCUGCAGCAUCUGGUUUCUUUCUGAGGAAGCCCUUGCAAUUAUGUGCUGUCCAGUUUUACUACAAUGCAUUCUUAAAAAUAAAACGGAUUUGAGCUGGG